ACAUUGGCCAGGUUGGUCUGUGAACUCCUGACCUUGUGGUCCGCCCGCCUCGGCUUCCCAAAGUGCUGGGAUUACAGGCGUCAGUCACCACGCCCCACCUCCUAGUCCUGAUUUUCAAAAGUGUGACGCAUGUGUCCUGUUCCCGGGAACGGCCGUCUAGCCGUCGCGCCGUCGCGCCACAUACGUCACACGCUAUUCGGAAAGCGUUGCUGCGUAAACGGCGGGGGCGUGUCUUUUGGCUCCUCCGCGUGUAGUUACCUGAGAAACGCGGGAAGUUGGGCCCACGGACUGUUGCUCAGGUUGUCUAAGUUGUUUUAUUAUUUCUGGAGAGAGCCGUAAGCUUGUGCAGGGUCUCAAAUCCUGAGGCCGACUCGGUUUCUGGCGCGGUGUGAUGGAGGUAGUGGAGGCCGCCGUCGCUCAGCUGGAAACUCUGAAAUUCAAUGGCACCGAUUUCGGAGUUGGCGAAGGUCCGGCGGCGACGUCUCCGGGCUCUGCCCCUGCGCCAGGGACACAGCCACCGCUACAGUCGUUUGAGGGGUCCCCGGACACUGGGCAGACCGUGGAGGUUAAGACUGCCGGUGAGCAGCCUCUGCAGCCCGUUCUGAACGCAGCCGCGGCCGGGACCCCAGCGUCGCAGCCGCAGCCGCCGCCGCCGCCAGCUGAAUCGCCGGCCUGCGGAGACUGGGUCACCUCUUCAGGAGCCAGAGAGCCUGCGCGGGCCCCGAACUCCUUGGAGACCUCGGACUCGGAUUCGGACUCGGACAGUGAAACAGAUUCAGAUAGUUCAAGCUCAUCGUCUUCCUCCUCAUCUUCCUCAUCGUCUUCUUCUUCCUCUUGUAUAUCACUUCCCCCAGUGCUGUCAGAUGGAGAUGAUGACUUACAAGUUGAGAAGGAAAACAAGAAUUUUCCUCUUAAAACAAAAGAUGAAUUACUUCUUAAUGAACUGCCUUCUGUUGAAGAACUCACUAUUAUUCUGCCUGAAGAUAUUGAGUUAAAGCCUCUUGGGAUGGUUUCAAGUAUUAUCGAACAACUAGUAAUAAUUGAAUCUAUGACUAACCUACCUCCAGUUAAUGAGGAGACUGUAAUUUUUAAAAGUGAUCGACAAGCAGCAGGAAAGAUCUUUGAGAUAUUUGGACCUGUUGCACAUCCAUUUUAUGUGUUACGGUUUAAUUCUUCAGAUCACAUUGAGAGUAAAGGUAUUAAAAUAAAGGAGACUAUGUAUUUUGCUCCAUCAAUGAAAGAUUUCACCCAAUAUAUAUUCACAGAAAAACUUAAACAGGAUAAGGGAUCAGAUGCAUCGUGGAAGAAUGAUCAGGAACCACCACCAGAGGCCUUAGAUUUCAGUGAUGAUGAAAAAGAAAAAGAAGCCAAACAGAGGAAAAAAUCUCAGAUUCAAGGCCGGAAAAAACUCAAAUCUGAAUUUAAUGAGCCAGGUGAAGAUUUUGCUGAAGUACAUCAGAAUUGGAGUGCUCACUCUACUUCAGAGCAUGCAAAAGGAUAUCGUAACAGAGAAUUCACACGAGGAUUUUCCAGGGGCAGAUACCCUCGAUCUUGCCAUGGCAGGCCUCCACCUCAGCAUUUCUAUAAUUCAGAACAUAUGGUAUCUCAGGAGACUUCAGGAUUUCCUUCUCAGAGACAAGAUAAUCCCAUUAUGCCACAAUACCCCUUUCCUCUUCCAAUGUUUGAUGUGCAUAAUUUUCCACUCCGCUCUCCACCCCCACCCCCACCCCCACCUGUAAACAUGAGUUGGGCUACACCAAACAUGGCAGCUCAUCCAUUACUUAACUUACCAUACUCCCUGCCCCCACCCCCUCCCCCUCCACCGCUGCCUCCUCCACCCUCCUCUGGAGAUAGUAAUUCUCAUUUUGGACCUUACUAUUAGGUGACUAUGCAUUUCCAGAGAAAUGUGGACUUUUCAUAUUAUGUGGUAAGAAUUUUUUUGUUUUUUUAAGGAGUGAUUAUGGAGCUAGAUUUUUAGAAACACUGUAAAAUACUAAAUGAUUCCUUCUGUUGUAAGUUGAUAUAUAUAUUUGUAACCUUUGUGAAAUUGUAUUCACAUGAAAAUGUCAGCUCAGAUUCUUGGGGGAACAUUAAAUUAUGUAAUAUUUAAUUAAAA